CUUAGUUUCCUCAUUGAUGAGUAAAAGUGAUUACAAGCAACUGAGAAUAGAUAGAAAAUAUCUAAUCCCUUACAUACAAAAUCUGGAAAAGAAAUAAGCAAAACUAACAUACUUCCUUGAUUAAGCAGGAAAACUGUUUUAAUCUAACCAUUAAUUACAAUCUAACAUGUGGAGUUAAUUCAUAACAAAAAUUAGAACUAAUCUAUCUAAGUGUUUCACUAAAACAAUUACUAAAGAUAUUGCAAAACGCUGUUGUGUCACUAAAUGUCAUCAGGUCCUCAUUUACACAAAAUGACCUCGUUUCUUCUUCAGUCUCACACAGUCUUCUUCUGUGUUUUGUGCUUUGGACUCGUAUCUUCAUUUCAACAAUAGUUGAUAUGCCAUAGUUGGUUUCCAAAAUUUUUUUGAGUCUUCUUUUGCACACACACCUCUCCAAGCAAAGAACAAAAGUCGACUAGAUCCAAUAGAGAUACAUGUAGCUUUAAACCAAUGGCCUUUCAUGCUUCCAAAUCAUAUCAGGAUUAGCAUUCACAACAACUGCCCUCCCAAGCAUCGAAUGUCAUCCAUUGAACAGUAUCUACAGGAAAAAAAAAAGUUAAGAAAAAAUUAAGAUAUCUAGGCCAAAAAUUUAAGUAAACUAACAAGUAAUGACACCAAUAGUGACACCAAGGAAUUGUAAAAGGUAAUAAAAACUAAAAAACAGCUUACAAUAAAUAAAAUUAAUCCCAUUUUAUUGUGAAGAGAAAUUUCGUGAAGAUUUAUUAUAUAGAGUUUGCUACUAACUGCCCUCCCAUUUUAUUGUGUGACAUAUCUAAUUUGUGCCUCAAAUUAAAAUGCAAUAAAAAGAAGAGAAAAGAGAAGUUUGGUAUAGAUUUGGCAGCCAAAGCAUGAUACUAUCAAGUCUAUAAUUGAAAUAUCAACUGCUCCAUAAGAAUGUGAAUCGGAGAUAUAAAUGAGACUGGAAUUAAUUUUCCUUAUAAUAGCAAAUGAAAUCACAUUCUGCAAUAACGUUACCUAAAUCAUCAGUGUGAUUCAAUUUAUCAAUAGAGCUCCAUGAAACCCUACUUACAACCCAACUCCACCAAUGGCCACUAUAAGCAGUGCAAAGAAAGAAACAACAAUCUAAAAUAAAAGGACUGAUUAUAAGCAAGGAACAAAAUUGCACACCUUAAUUAGAAUGGCAUCAACAAAAGGGAUAGACACAAGCAUAUCACCUACAAAAUAGUUCAUUCUCUUACUCUCAGGCAGGCUAGCAACAAUAUCAUUAUUUGUUGGACUGUCCCAGCAUCAGCACUUUGAACUUAGGCUACAUAAUCAACAUGGACAUUUUCAUCAAGAAUUAUUUCAGAUUUUGCGGGUCUAUGCACUUGAUCAUUCCUCUAGCAAUGGAAUGUGUUCAUAUGUUGUUUGGCUUGAAAAUCUGCCUUUGUGUUUUUUCUGCCUUUUUGGCAAAUGAUGUACUUCAAUUAUAAAUCAAUAAAGAUUUUUAUUUUUUAACCAAACACACAAACAACACCCCCUACCCCACCCAAAAACAAAUAAUAAAUAAUAAUAAUAAUAAACCAAACCUUACACUAAAUCACUCACACUAUUACAUAUGUAAGUGCCCUAUAAACUAUAAUCAUAAAUUACAAACAGCUCUAGUGAAAUGUACCCAAAAAGAGAAAUGUAAUUGAGACAGAACACUUUUCCACACAAAAUAUACAUGUUGGAAGAUAUUAAUUAAUACGUUUCUAAGAAAACUUUUGUUAGCAAAAGGGAAGAAAAGAAAGGAAUAUUAUUUUGGCUGUCAGGUGCAAUAACAACCAAUGUCCAGCAAUAAUAUAGUUUUGAGUCUUAAGGCACAAGGUAGUAAGUAAAGAAAGAGGAGGUAAAAUGUGUGUGUGUGUGUAUAUAUAAAUAUCCUCAAGUAGAUUCCUAAUACCAGAGAUAAUAUGUAACUGGACCGAGCAGGGUUCUAAAUAAAGCAUAAUUUGUCAAAUGUCCAAGCUAUGAACCUGAAUGGUUUCUAAAUAGCAGGUCAAUAUACUUUUCAGGAUCAAUGCAACAACACUAUGGUAAGAGCAUAACAAUCCAGCCAUAACAACAGUCAUGUCACAUAAGCUGUUAAAGAAACUCUGACCAAGAAUUAGCUCAUGCCCAAAAAUAAGAGUGUGAGUAGCAAUAUAGCUUACAAAACCAGUUGUGUUGUGCAUAACAAAUCAAGAAUCAUUAUUCUAAGCUCACAAACAUUGUACCUCAUUACCUAUCAAGAGCCAUAGUUUAUAUCUUUAAAAUGAACUACAAGAAACAAAAUAUAUCAUCCACCAGCAAAUUACCCAUCUGCAUAGUCAAUCCAAAUUUAGAAAAGGAACAGAUACCUAAAAAAAAUUAGGAAAAAAAAAGGAGAAAUUUCAUAAUGAUUUUUAGCAUACAUCAUGAGUUCAUGACCAAGCAACAAAGUUUCUGGACUAAUGUCAAAGGCAACACCAGACAACAACUACACGCAGGCACUUAAUCAAAAUACAUCGGCUACACCUAAAAGCCCCAAUUUUUCAAACUUAAGCAGAUCAUCAAGCUUUAUACUCAAAAAGGAGACCCAGUCACUAAACAAAACUAUUCAGUCACUUCUAAAAGGCAAAUAAAAAGAGAAACAAAAAGAAAAAUAAAAGAGAAAAGACAAUAAGGAGAAAGGGAGGAGGACCCGGCGACCACCAGUGGUGGUGGCACCGGCGAUAGCACCUUUAGCGGCCGAAGGAGAGAGACAAGAACGUACCGGAACUACCGCCGGUGGUGGAGGUGUGGGACUCGGUGGCUGCUAGCUGUGGCCAUGCAGAUUCAGCAAGCGUGAGAGAGUUUUUGAAUUUUGGGUAGAGAAAGAUUUGAAGAAGGAGAGAGUUUUUUGGUUUUUUUGGUAGCUGAAAGGCAAAGAGAAAAGAGCAAGGAAACGGAAGGUGGGUGUCACGCGGAUUGAUGAGCUGUCCUUAUCAGCUGUCAAUUGUUUAUGCGUUGGAUUAAAUAAACGGUUGGGAUUGAAACUAUUGCACGCCGUGCAAUACCCUAGGUAUUGCACGGGAUCUCAAUCCUAAUAAAUCAAACUUAUUUAGCCAACUCCUAAGCUCUGUAGAAAGCGAGAAUUGUGUGUAGAAACAAGAAGAAGCUAAGGACUUUAAUUAAAUGGCUUCUAUCACUGGUGAUUCACAACCACACCAUGUGGUUCUCUUUCCCUUUAUGUCAAAAGGCCACACCAUCCCAAUCCUCCUCCUUGCACGCUUACUCCUCCAUCGCCGCCUCAUUGUCACCAUCUUCACCACCCCAGCCAACCGUCCCUUCAUCUUUGAGUCCCUCAAUGACACCACAGUCACCAUUCUUGACCUACCAUUCUCGCACAAUGUGCCUGAUAUACCUGUUGGCAUUGAGAGCACAGACAAACUGCCCUCUAUGUCCAUGUUCCAUGCGUUUGGAAACGCCACAAAGCUCAUGCAGCCCGACUUCGAACGAGCAAUCCAAAAUCUUCCACGUGUCAGCUUCAUUGUCUCUGAUGGGUUCAUUUGGUGGACCUUGGAGUCUGCUUCCAAGUUCGACAUCCCAAGGUUUGUAUUCUGUGGUAUGAACUAUUACUCUACGUCCGUGAUCAGAGCUGUGGAUCAGGAUAGGCUUCUCUUUGGACCCGAGUCAGACGACGAGUUAAUAACAGUCACUCGUUUCCCAUGGAUUAAAGUCACUAGAAAUGACUUUGUGCCCCCACUUACUGAGUCCGAACCAAAGGGUCUGAUAUAUGAGUUCAUCAUGAAUGUGAUCGUAGCAGAAACGAAUAGCUAUGGCAUUAUAUUCAACAGCUUCUAUGAGCUUGAGUCUGUGUUUGCUGAUUAUUGGAAUCGUGAGUGUCAACCCAAGCCCUGGUCUGUGGGACCUCUUUGCCUAGCUGAGCCACCAAAGGCUAGAAAUGAACCCUACAAUAAUAAGCCCAAAUGGGUUCAGUGGCUGGACAAGAAGUUUGACCAAGGGAACUCAGUUCUGUAUAUAGCCUUUGGGUCUCAGGUAGAGAUUUCGCUUGCACAACUCAAAGAAAUAGCUAUUGGAUUAGAAGAAUCCAAAGUGAAUUUCUUGUGGGUGAUAAGAAAGAGUGAGUCAGAGAUUUCAGAUGGAUUUGAGGAGAGAGUGAAAGAUAGAGGAAUUGUUGUGAGAGAAUGGGUUGACCAAAGGGAGAUUUUGAUGCAUGAGAGUGUGCAAGGUUUUCUUAGUCACUGUGGAUGGAAUUCUGCGUUGGAGAGUAUAUGUGCUGGGGUUCCAAUCCUUGCAUGGCCUAUGAUGGCAGAGCAACCAUUGAAUGCAAGAAUGGUUGUGGAGGAGAUAAAGGUGGGACUGAGGGUUGAGACGUGGGAUGGGUCAGUGAGAGGGUUUGUGAAGUGGGAGGGUUUAGAGAAAAUGGUGAAGGAGUUGAUGGAAGGAGAGAAAGGUAAGGAGGUGAGGAAGAAGUGCAUGGAGGUGACAGAGAAAGCCAAGAAAGCUAUGGAGGAGGGUGGAUCAUCUAAGUGCACAUUGGACUUGCUCAUUGACGAGACAUGUGGUAAGACGACAUGAUCAGAUAUAUGUAAUGUAACUGGUUCUAAUUUCCUUUGUAAGGAAAAUUUUAUGUUUGCAUAUAACGUAAACAUAUGAAGGUCUUUUUUUUUGUUUGUUUGUCUCAUUAGCUAAUAA